UAUUGUUCUGCCAAUUAGAUCUAUUGUUUUUCCACGUUUUCGUUGCCGUAGCCGUCGUGGUUUGCUUAAAGUCCCUGAUUACUCGCAGAUACUGGCCUGCCAUGUAUAAUACUGUUGAAUUGUGUAUGAGAUGCAAAUAGUGUCCAUUCUGCACAUGAGAAUUCAGAGGGUGAUUUGAUCAAAAAUUGUUAUGAAGAAACAAACUUGGGGAUGGAAUAAUUAAACAAUGAUUGAAUUUACUUAUCGCAAAUGUUGUGGUUUGUCUGUGUUUUGCGAUUAAUUUCGUCAUCCUUCGGUCUAGCCGAAUAAUUUGUCUCCUCGCUGUUUACAAAUCAGGAUGUUUUUCUUACGGUAACAUCAUUGCAUAAUUGUUCAUCGUUUGGGCACCCGUACAAAGUUUAAAUCAGCUACGUGGCACCUGGAAGUCCAAGAGCAUCGUCCAAAGAACAAAGGUAUUAUUUUCAAAAGCUGUAUGCGAAGCACCCUCUUGAAUGGAGCAGAAUCCUGGAAGAUGACGAAGACCAUCAGCCACAAGCUAGAAGUCUACCGAAACAGAUGCUUGCGAAGAAUUCUUCACAUCUUUUGACCCAAUCACCAUCUCUUACGAUGAGCUGCUCAGAAGAAUAGGUACAGAACCCAUCACUCAGCAGGUUCAGAGAAGAAGAUAGGGAUGGAUUGGCCGUGUGCUCCAGUCGAAUUUCACAAUCAGCCCUUCCCAGAGUCGUCCUCCGAAGGUCUCCCGACGGCCGACGAAGGGGAGGCCUUUUUAAAGAAAACUUCGAGGAAAACUUUAGAAAGGGAAAUAAGGGACAGAGGCUGGACAAGAGGGUAGUAAUGGAAACGCCAGGGAACUGUUUUAUUUCCACUAGAAAAACUUUCAGUUCAUAAAAAGCGAAAUUAGUUACACAAGGAUUAAAUAGGUUGCUUGCUUUGCGACGAAACAUGUUGAUUUUGGUCGAUUUGCUCUUAAACCUUUACAGAGGGUGUUCCCCUUUGUGUAUAUUCCAAACACCCGUGAUCCCUGACCCAGUUUCAAUACCACGAAUUAAAAAAAAAAAAAAAUUAGUUCAGCGCAUUUAUUUUUACACUCUUGGUUCCCUUUCAACGCGGAACUGGCGACCAUUCGCAGUUCUUUUACUGCUUCACGGUAACUGCAGACUGGUAGAAGCGUGAACAAGUAUGUCUAGCCCAUCCAACCAGCCGGUGUAUCAACGUUUCGAUACAGCUGAGCUUCUGGAAGAAUUCCUUGACCCUCCCCCGGAUAAUCAUAGCUUGGUCUCCAUGGACCCGCCCGACUUUCUAUCACAGCUAGUGAUUCACACUGAACAUAAACCCUUCAAUCCUCUUCAGCCCAGUUGCCCCACACCACCAGACAGCGAAAGAACAAACACGCCUUCUCCCUUUGGAACCCACCCGGCUCCACCACACGUUGACUCUCAAAACGAGAACUUCGGUUACGGAGACCUUUUUUCCUGUGCUGCACAGCCCAGGGUUGAUUUACAAGCGCCUUGUCGAUACCAGCCUCCCAGCCUGCCGCCGAAUCAUGUAGGAGAAACCAAUUUUGUCCGACACUCAGAUAGAAGAGUUCAGGUGACCUUUGCGCAGCAAAGUGAAGCGUGUAUCAAGAUCCUUAAUCCGCGAGCAGAAUACGACAAAGUGCAGAAAAAGCAUGGACAUAGAGGGAAAAUUUCAGAGCAAAGAGUAGCAAAAGGAAAGGUUGAGAUGGAAAUAGAUACUCAUCUGCCUCUUAGACACCUGGAAGUUUACGUGAUGCGUGAUUUUGAAGCUGAGAAAAAGCUCGUUGGUAAAGAUCCAGUCGCUUACGGAGUGGGAGAGACAAGAUUUCCUCAGCCGGUUGUCAAACAAAUUGAUGGUCUUGGCCAAAGCUACAAGUACGUUUGCACAAUCGACCUCGACUCCGUGUACAAAACAGAAGAUGGAAAGGAAAUUUACCGACUGGAAAAGACGAGAGGCUUAGAAUACAACAAAUUCCUUCUAAAAGUUUACCUCGAGUUCAACAAUAGAGAGCAUGUGGUGCUUUACCCUUAUGACUUUGUACUCAAGAGCAGUAAGACUGUCAAAGUUCCAAGGGAGCCUCAAAAUGUCCGCUCACCUCAAGCUGGUACUUUAGCCUCUCCUCAUCAAGUUCCUUCGGAUAGGCGGUAUUCAAGCUUUAUAUGCCAACGAAUCGAAGCGGAAGUGGCUAGGAUAUCAAACCUCGAAGUUGAGCAGAUAAAAACAGCGAACCACGACAUCGCUUACUAUAUCAAACGGCAGAAUGAAAGCCCAUUUGAGGAAGGUGACGUGGUGGGAUUCUUUGAAAGUGAAACAGGAAGCACUGUUAUCGAUUACUUGACCAGUGAUAAUGCUUGUGAAGCCCGGUUGGCUGGUGUGAUAACGAGGUCAGCGUACUUAGUGGGGAACACUGAGCGAUAUGACGAGGAAAAAGAUGACGCUGAUCUUGUCUGCAUCAUCGGAGAGAUAAAAGUGAAAGUCAUAGGUGAAGUGAAACCUGGGGAACUCAUAUACGCUUGCCCCAGUAAUAAGCUCCCAGGUGUGGCAACUGCUAUACCCGGACAAGGAGAUGAGCGACGGACCUUGAUUGGCUAUGCUAUGGGUGAAUCGUCUGGUCCUGGUGUUUCCAAGGUAGACUGCAUUGUGUCUUUAGUUUUGAGCAUCGGUGCUAAGGAGCAGCGACGAGCGCUGGACCAAAUGAGACUAAGUAUCGAAGAAGUGAGGGAAAAUCUCUACACAAGCAUAGAUACAGUUGGUGUUAGAAUUGCAAGAAUGCAAAUAGGCUGGAGAGGGCUGUGGAAGAAACUGCUAGCAGUAACUGUAUUCCUGGCAGUAGCAUCUCUCGUUUGUGCCCUGAUGUUAGCUCCGAGUUCUCCCUACGUCAAAGCCAAGUGCAGAGCGAACAGUAUGAAAGACCACACGCUCACCUUUAAAUUCUAUCCUAAGGAUUCAGACGAAGAAAUUAUUGUAAAAGGGUUGGAGUUUACUUGGAAGAAUCUGAAAAAGAAAUUGAGCCUGAGGUUCAACAAAAUGAAUGAAACAGUGAAGAACCGUUACUUUCUGAACAAGAUUCGCUGUGAGACCGGUGGAAUUCGCGCUGUUGCUUCGUGGCUUGAUCCGUCACCAGUAGAACCAAAGGUCAAUGUGCUUGCCGUAGAUCCUAAUUGUACCCAGGUCUUCUACCACAAUCGGAAAGAGGGGGAGUGGCGACAGUACCACGAGGUAGCUGACGUUCAUUGUCAUCCACCGUGAGGUCGCUAACAAAAAACUAGUCAUUGCAACAGGAGUGUGACAGCAGAUAGUUUAUAAUUGGUUUUCAUGCAAUGUUGAUUAUUACCAAUUUUACUUGUUCAUUAUUCUAGUUAAAGUUCCCUUUUUUAAUGACUGAUUGAAUCGAAGGCCAGAAUGUUUUGCGAGCAAGCGAGCUAAAUAGAUCUAGGAGAAAAGGAACACUACGAAAUUUGAGCCACAAACACUUAAUGCAAUAAUUUUAUUUGCUGUGUUGAUUUGAAAACGGACUUGGCCUUCAUGAUUUUGAAUGUUUUACUCUCGAUAUGGUUUUAAAGGAGAUUAACAGCGCAGAUGAACGUAUCUUUUCAUCCUUCAGAACAAAUAUAGGAGCCGAAAGGCACUCCCUUCGAGGUAAUCAAAUCGUGUCAACGAGUUCCCCUGAAAUUGUGAAGUAGAGCUUACUUAUGCCAGAUGUGAAAUAAACGCAGAGGUUGGGAACUCAGAAUAAAAUAGGGUCACAAUUUGAGAACCGGGCGCACAUCCUCUAUAUAGAUUACUGAUUUUAGUGAUACCAUAGGCGCCACUCGAAAUUAUCGUCAAUAUACUGUAUAUAUAGAGCCAGAUAUUCAGGUGCAUGCAGACAGAAUUAUAUUUUUAAAAGCAGGAGUACUUUUGUCAUUGUACUACACCAGUGUAGUGAUACCAGUGGCUGGUACAGCCUGAAACUCUGAUGGAUUUUGAGAAAGGCCUAUAAUGUAUCGGACCGCCAUCGAACCAGUUGGUGUUCAGUUUGCCAGAUGCUCACAGGAAAUCUUCUUGGCAAACGUAGAAACAUGUUGAUUUCACACAUAAACUAAUUAAAUAUUUAGUCGUGUUCGCACUGAAGAGAAGUCGAUUGCUAAGUUUUGGCUGGUCGUUGCAGAAUAUGAAGUCUUGGUCUGAGUGGGCGCAACACCUCUGACUCAGCGAAACCCAGCAAAAUUAAAAAGGAACAAAUAUUGCAGAGCUCAGUGAACUCGGAUCGAAGAAUUUUAUAUUGGAGAAAUAUAGCCUGAGUUUGAUUUACGACAGUCACGUACAUUGGUUAUUUAUAUGAUUACAAUAAACUUUUUUUUUUUUA